CACGGUGGUGUCUCUCAGGUUAUACCGAUAGCAGUCAACAAAUGAUCCCACUUGAUGCUUUAUCUUGCAUACGAUUAGACUGCUACUCUUCUACCUGAAGAUGAUGCUUCGAUAUUGUCCUCUUCUCGCUUUUGUAGCUGCCAUUUUCUUGCUUUAUUUCAUUCCUGCAAGCAGCUCAACCACUAUUGCGAAAGAUGACGACAUACUCAGCUCUACAAAAUGCCCGGCAUACCUCCUGUUUGAAACGGCUGCUUAUCUGUCUGACGUGACAAUUGAACUUCCUUGCCAAUGCAAGCCUGAGGAAACAAAGUACGUGGUAUGGUACUACCAGAAGAAGAGCGGAGACAAGCCCAUGGUCCUCACAGACUUCAAAGGUACGGUGCAACUCGAUGUAGAAAAUGUUCGGGACGCUUAUGAUACCUCUUUAAAGUUCACUAUCCGGAUGUUCAACCUUAUUGUACAUAAGGCACAAAUAGAAAAUUCCGGAAAUUAUCUAUGCGGCACACAGGAUGGACACUUCUUUUAUGGAUACAAUGUUGAUAUUCAGGACUCCAAGGAUGCCCUUGUAUCUUUUGUAGAGAAAGAUGGCAAGCCACAGCCACAUCUGAAAAACAAAUACUUUGUAGCCUUCACCACUUUUUCGGAUUGGACAGUGUGUGACCGAUGUGAUGUCAGAGGGGAACAAAGGAGCAUUGGCCUGUGCUAUGUCAAUAGUUCCUACCUCAACCCCAGAUUUCAUGCAAACAAGAAUGAUGUGUCUUCAUGUGGCUCAGAAGCUGUUCCACUCAAAUUCAAGAAAUUGCUCUCCAAGCGAAGACCAGAGAUCCUGAUCCGGAGCUGCAUGACUAAAUGUCAUGUGCGGAAGAAGGGAGUUAUGGGCAUGUUGAGCACUCUGAUGCACACUAUAGGAAAGCUUAAAGAUUACAUCCCAUGGAUCUCUAAGGUACCAAUGGAGAUUCAUACUCAAACAAUGGGCAGCAGAAUGAGUAUUUCUUGUCCAGGAGUAAGGCCAGAACAUGCGGUGGCCUGGGACAAAGAUAAUGAGCGACUUUAUCUCACAGAGAAUCUAAUUGGUGCUAAAAAGUCUAUGAGAGUCUUCAUUGAUCAUGGAGGCCAUCUGAACUUUCGCUCCAUCCAGUACAGUGACGCAGGAACCUACUAUUGCUGGCUGCAGGGGAAACUGACGGCCGGCUUUAAGUUGUCUGUGCAAAGAGAUCCUCUGAAAAAACGUAAGUUCAGCGAUCCUGAUGCUAUAUUUGUCAUGAAGAACAUUUUGAUAAGUAUUCCAGUGCUCAUCAUUAUCUUCCUCGUCGUUCAUUGUGCAAAGUUCUUUUGCUGUUGUACCUGAGCCUCCUCCUGUGUGCCGAACAUUGCAGUUCAAUACAUGAUGACGGAGUAUGAGAUCCAUACAGAAAAGAAGAAGAUGUCUUCUAUAUAUCUAGUGUUGCUUUGCAUGUUAAUAUUAAUAAAACGAAUAAAAUGCU